UUACGAGGACGGUUACGUAUCGGCAGACGCCGACGCCGGCGUUGCAUCCGGCGCCGAGGGGGAAGAGGAGGAGGGGUGAGAGGAGGGAGUAGAUGGUUUUAUUUUCAUUUCUGGGGUGUGAUGAUAAUGGAGUGAUAUGGUUUGUUUUAAGGAUGGUGCAUAUUUUCGCUCCAUGGGGUGCUUUCUUUUACUGUGUACUGGCAUUUAUCGGCGUUAUGGACUUUCUCGUUUUCAGCUUGGUUUUGUUCUACUUGUUCUGGAGAAAGCGGACAGGCAUAGAUUGCGACUCUGAUGGACAUAUUUCAUUUGUUUAUGACUACCAAUGAGACCACUCAAUUCCAAAAUACACCUACUACUCAAUCUAUACCCUACAA